AUGCCCGAUAAUAAAUUUUAUGAUAUUUUAGGAGUUGCACGUGAUGCAUCAGAAACUGAUAUUAAAAAGGCAUACCGUAAAUUAGCAAUUAAAUAUCAUCCAGAUAAGAAUCCAGAUCCAGCUGCAGUAGAGAAAUUUAAAGAACUUACAGUUGCAUAUGAAGUUUUAUCUGAUACUGAAAAGAGAGAACUUUAUGAUAAAUAUGGUGAAGAAGGUUUGAAAGAAGGUGGAGCAGGAUUUUCACCAGAUGAUAUCUUUUCACAAUUCUUUGGUGGUGGUGGAUUUGGAGGAUUUGGAGGACGUGGUGGUAGACGUGGACCAAGAAAAGGAGAACCACUCCAACAUAAUCUUAAAGUUACACUCGAGGAUUUAUACAAGGGUAAAGUUCAAAAACUCGCCUUACAAAAGAGUAGCAAAUGUCCAGAUUGCGCAGGUAAAGGUUCAACAAGCAAGGAUGGUGUAAAGAAAUGUGACGAUUGUCAUGGUCAAGGUUUCAAGGUUAUUCAUAGACAAAUCGGUCCAGGUAUGGUCCAAAAGUUACAAUCACAAUGUCCAUCUUGCAAAGGUGAGGGCAAUGUUAUCCGUGAGAAAGAUAGAUGUCCAAAAUGUAAAGGUAACAAAACCAUUCAAGAGAAGAAAACACUCGAAGUAAACAUUGACAAGGGUAUGAAACACGGUCAAAAGAUCGUUUUCCCAGAGGAAGGUGAUUACGAAUCACCUGAUAUCGUACCAGGUGACGUCAUCGUUGUACUCGUUCAAAAGGAGCAUCCAGUAUUCCAACGUGAUGGCGACGAUCUCGUCAUGGAGCAUGAGUUGACCCUUUUAGAGGCUUUGACAGGUUUCACCUUUUACAUCACCCAUUUGGAUGGUCGUGUCAUCACCGUAAAGAAUCCACCAACUCAAAUCAUCAAACAAGGUGAUAUCAAAUGUAUUUAUAACGAAGGUAUGCCAGGUUACAAGAGACCUUUUGAAAAGGGUAGACUCUUUAUCAAAUUCAAUGUCGUUUUCCCAACCUCUGGUCAAAUCACACCCGAAAACGCUAAGCUCUUGGAGAAAAUACUUCCAAAACCAAAACCAGUUCAAAAACCAGUUUCCCACGAUGGCAUCGAUGAAGAGGCCGUUUUACAUGAUUUCGAUACUAAACAACAUUCACAUAGUAGAUCCUCUGCUUACGAUGACGAUGAUGAAGAUCAACAUGGUGGUCAUCCACAAGGUGUUUCUUGUGCUCAACAAUAA